ACUGAGAGGCAAAGUGCAAAGUGCAAGAACCCUUUACAAAGAUGAGUGAGUUGAACGAGAUAAGAUCGGCACCGCUGACGCCAAGACCGGGAUCAGCUGUGCCAACACCUACGGUGGUGCGGUCACCGCCGGUGUCGUGUCCGCCAUCUCAGCUCCACUCGCCGUCUUUGUCAAGGUCACCGCUUCUUCAUGUGGAUGAGAAUGGAGAGGCGGCGCCACCUCGAAAGAAGGCACCCAAAACACCAAUUCGAACACCCAGACUAUCUUUGACUCCGAGGUUCAUCACUCCUCUUGGAAGCCCAAUGAGGAAGGCUCUGAGGAUGACGAAGCUUGAUCCUCAGGACGCUUGGCUUCCAAUCACUGAGUCAAGAAACGGUAACAAAUACUACGCUGCUUUUCACACUCUCUGUUCUGGGAUUGGAAUUCAGGCUCUUGUGCUCCCUGUUGCCUUCACAGUCCUUGGCUGGACAUGGGGGAUAAUUAGUUUGACUCUGGCAUUUGUAUGGCAACUUUACACCCUAUGGUUGCUGGUUCAGCUCCACGAAUCAACUGAAACUGGGAUGCGCUACAGCCGAUACCUUCAACUCUCCUGUGCAACCUUCGGUAGCAAGCAGGGGAAGUUGCUGGCUGUGUUUCCAAUCCAAUACCUUUCAGGUGGAACAUGUGUGGCUUUGAUAAUUAUCGGUGGAUCAACCUCCAAACAAUUAUACCAAAUUAUAUGCGGCCCCACAUGCUCGAACCCGCUGACCACCGUGGAAUGGUACUUGGUGUUUACCUGCGCAGCCGUGCUGCUGUCGCAGCUGCCCAACCUGAACUCAAUAGCCGGCGUGUCUUUGAUCGGCGCCAUCACGGCGGUUGGGUAUUGCACAUUGAUAUGGAUUGUGUCUGUGACAGAAGGCAGGCUACCGGGCGUGUCCUACAAUCCUCUGAGGGGCACCAGCCAGCUUGACCAUGCUUUUGAUGUGCUUAAUGCACUUGGCAUCAUUUCUUUUGCUUUUAGGGGCCAUAAUCUUAUUCUUGAGAUUCAGGCCACCAUGCCUUCAGAUGAGAAGCAUCCUUCGCGGGUGCCAAUGUGGAAAGGAGUGAAGGCAUCAUAUACGCUGAUAGCUGCAUGCUUAUUUCCCAUUGCAAUUGGUGGAUAUUGGGCUUAUGGGGAAAAGAUACCAUCAGCAGGAAUACUUACGGCCCUCUACCAAUUCCACUCACUUGAUCUGCCCAAGUCUGUGCUAGCCCUAGCUGCCUUGUUCGUCAUAAUAAAUGCAGCAAGCUCUUUCCAAAUCUAUGGCAUGCCAAUAUUUGAUGACAUGGAGUCCAUGUACACCAUGAAAAAGAAAAAGCCAUGCCCGUGGUGGCUACGUGCAAUUUUCCGUUCUGUGUUCGGGUUCGGAGUCUUCUUUGGGGGGGUGGCACUGCCGUUCGUCGGAAGCGUUGCCGGUUUGGUUGGAGGGGUAGCACUGCCUGUCACAUUGUCAUACCCAUGCUUCAUGUGGCUCAAGAUUAGGAAGCCUAAGGUUUAUGGCGCAAUGUGGUGGCUCAAUUGGUUUCUAGGGGUCUUGGGCAUGGGUCUAAGCGUUAUAUUUACAGCUGCUGGCCUUUAUGUUGUGGUUCAAACUGGUGUUGAUGUGAGCUUCUUCAACCCUUAAUAAGAAAAAGAAAAAAUCUAUAUAUAUAUAUAAUUUCGAGGGGAAAAGUGACGCAACUUCACCCUUUUUUUUUUUUUU